AUGAGUGACAUAUUUUUCUACUCUGAAGAGAUUGAUAACUUAUUGGAAGACUAUAGAAAAUUAUUAAAUGAAUUACAAAACGAAUUGGAUAAAAAUGGGGAUAAGACAAGUAAAUAUUCCGAAGAUAUAAAUUUUAUAAAUGAACGAAUAAAAACAGCUAAGGAUGCAUAUUUUAUUGAAGUUCGUAACUUACCAGAAUAUGAACAGAAUAAUUAUAUUUUAAAAAUUAAAGGGAAAAUGUCUAUUUUAGAAGAUUUACAUAUGCAAUUUGAAUUUAUAAAAAGUAAAUUAAUAUAUGAAAAGAAGGAAGCAAAUAACAAAAAUAAGGAAACACAAAAAGUGAGAAUUGUGACGCCAAAAGAUAUAGAAAUAAGAGGAGAUCAUAUUCAGGACGAAACACAAGAAUCUAUUAUUCGUAUGAAAAUGAUGGUGGACGAAUCAGAACAAAUAACAAGAGAUGCUGCAAUUAAAUUGGAAUCACAAAAUGAGAAAUUACAAAAAGUAAAAGACAAAGUAGAAGAUGUUGAUAUAAAUGUGUCUAGUGCAAAAGAAACUUUAAAAGAAAUAGCAAAGGAGGCAGUUACCGAUAGGUUUGUUCGGUUUUUUUCGCUUUUAAUUUUUAUUGUUUUAAUUGUUCUCAUUACUGUAAUUGCUAUUUCGAGCAAGAAGUAG